GAGUUUGCAAGGUCUCCCCGUGUCAGUGUGGGUUUUCUCCAGGUACUCCAGCUUCCUCCCACAGUCCAAAGACAUGCAGGUUAACUGGUGACUCUAAAUUGUCUGUAGGUGUGAAUGGUUGUCUGUCUCUAUGUGUCAUCCUUGCGAUAGUCUGGCGACCUGUCCAGGGUGUACCCCGCCUCUCACCCAAUGUCAGCUGGGAUAGGCUCCAGUGGCAUCUAGCAGUGAGGUUGCAGAUUGCAAGUUGAAUUUCUCCCGUGGUCCAAGCAUGUAGGAGAACUACAAUGGCCAACACAAUACCGUGAAUGGCCCUAUCUAGAGCUAGUGUUUUGUUUGUCCUUUCUGGGCUACCAUAGAAACAACAUGAUAGACUCCGUAGACAAGGACCCACUCCAUGUAAACAUAAGCGGCUCAUUCUGAGGAGGCAAAAAGAAAACAAUUGUUAUUUUCAGGUGAUUAUACACUAAAGAAAACAUAGUUAUGAAUAUUAUAUACAGUUUCUGCCAAUAUCUUCCCCUAAAUCUGACACACUAGACCCAGAAGUUUUAUUCUGUUUGGUUUCUCCCAUGAGUGCUGAAUAGAAAUUCUGAGAAACACAUUUUAUGAUUGAAAACAUUUUUUUCCCCCCAACUAAAAUGAACUUCCCUUAAGCUGUGUGGGCGUCCCUGGGCCUUUACACCACUCCCCAUUACAGACUGAGGAUGUCCUGUUAGGUGUGUGUGUGUGUGAGAGAGAAUGAGAAAUGGGAGGGUAGACACUCGUUGCUUACUAGAUUGCUCAGAUAGCCCUCAACAUCAGAGCUGGAAGGAGCUAUCUUGUGUCUGUAGGCUCCACUUGGAACAGAAGAUAGCGAGGCCUCGGGGGGGGACCUGCCCUCUUCAUCUCCGGCACACUUCUCAUCAUCAUAAUCAUCACAGCAAGACCAUGAGCACUCACGAGCACAACCACUCACUGGACCACUAUAACGGCACGCCAUGGUUUAUCUUCGAGUGCACCCUCCAGCUGGACACCGCUGUAGACUACCGGCGCAUCUGCCUCUUCCUGCUCUACCUUUUCAUCUUCAUGGUGGGCCUGCUGGAGAACGCGCUGGUCGUCUGGGUCAACUGGCGCAGACGCCACUCGGCCAACGGGGUUCUCUUCUGUAUCAUCAACGUGAGCCUGUCGGACCUGAUGGUGAUUGUGAUCCUGCCUUUCUUCAUGAUGGAGGUGACCGUGGACAAGGUUUGGCUGUGGGGCCGCUUCCUCUGUAAGGUCACCAACCUCAUCUACGUGGUCAACUUCUACAGCAGCUCCUUCUUCCUGGCCUUCAUGACCCUGGAGCGCUACCUGUCCCUGACCAGACCCACGUUCCCUGCCCUCUUCCCUGUGGUUGGACAGCGCCGCUGGUUGCUCUGUGGAGGCCUGUGGGUGCUCUCCUUGAUCCUGGCUCUGAUGGAGAACGUCCAUGUGGAUCUUCUGGAGUGGGACGAGCCGGGCUGUUACAUGAUGCCUGAGCACAGCUACACAGAGUGGUUUGCCUCUGUGGCUUUCCUUUGCCUGAUCUUCCAGUUCCUGGGCCCCGCUGCUGUCAUCAUCACCUGUAACGUGCUGAUUGCUCGUGCAGUUAAAACAGCACCAGAUGUGCAGGGCCGACGGGAUGUGUGGCUCGUGCACGUGUACUCCCUGGUGUUUGUCGUAUGCUGGCUGCCCUACCACCUGGUCAUGUUCCUGAUGAUCAUAGAUGACCUGGACCCCUUCAUCCUCAGCUGCAACACCAUAGAAGUCCUCUACUUCUCAUUCAGCGUGGUGCAGGGCGUAUCUCUGUUCCACUGCGUCGCCAACCCCAUCCUCUACAACUUUCUAAGCAAGAGCUUCCGUGACAACAUGAUCAACACUGUGAUGAACUACAUUCCUAGGGAUGCAACUAUGGUUCAGACGGGAGCAGGAACCCAGCCAAACGCUCCCAACGGAGGUGGGGGAGACCCGGGGAAGCAACGCAAGCUAAGUAACACCAGCACCAGUCAGUCUGAUGUCGGAUCAUAAAAAUGAAGCUGAGAUAAGAAAGGCGAGAGCUUCAGGAGUGAGACGUUUAAAGAUCUGACAGAACUGAAUCCAGUGUUGGUGCUUCAGAAUACCAGAGGCACAGACUGUACGUCUCACUCUGGUCAGACUCAUUGUGCCAUUUGUUACGAAACAGAUGGGCUCACAAACACCUUCCUCUCAUAAUCCACUUCCUGUUUUUUUUCCCUUUUCUAUCAUUUAUCUGAUCACAGUUUUAAACGGAGGAAAGCAGGAAAUGUUUGAUGGUUUUUUUUUUCCCCCUCAAAGCUGCUCGACUCCCACAGGAACUCAUGGCAACCUUCAAAAUCUCCUGGCACAGAAGAACACGAAGAAUAGUGCCACACCAGGAAUUUGCGUAAACAAAUCUGCUGUCCAUCUGUGGAGAGCCAGAUAAGAGCAAUCCUCAUAACCACAUAAACAUCUUGCAAAUGUGAAAAUGUAACUGUGUUGUUUAAUUACAAAUCUAGCAGAUAAAUUAUAGUUCAAAUUAUUAAUGCGAGAGUGAUGACUUUAACUAGACUUGACAAAAUCAAAAAUGACUUGGACUUUGACACUAGUGACUUUGACUUUACUUGGACUUGAGCCUUUUGACUUGAAAGUACUUUAUAUACUCCCCCAAGCCCAAAUAUUAAAAAGUAUGUUAUUUAAAAAUAGUGGAAUGAAUCAGUUAAUUAACCUUCAUACAGUAGAAGUCAGUCGGCACGUCCCAAGUUAAGAUAAACAGACUGUAAUCUGACAUGGAAGCUAAGCAAUGUACUGCUGUGGACGGGUCAGCAGCAAAACAUAUUUUAGCCACCUUAAAAAAGCCCCACCUUAAAAAAUCAAUAUCAGUUUAAGUGUGCACUCUAUUGAGAGUCUUUUCACUGCUUUACCUUAAUGUCAGACAGCGAUGUCUAACAGGAAAGUGAAUCUGUUACAUCAAUCUCCUUAAUGCCAAACUCCAUUGAAAAAAACAGUGAUUUAACAUGGCUAAACACAGGAGCUGCUGGUCUACCGCUACUUCCAACAGUUAUUUUGUUUGUGUUAUUGUGUCGCUUUGGAGUUUAAAAGGGUUAGUGCGAAUUCACCAAAGUCACACAAUAACACAAAGAGACUAACUGAUCAAAGCAGUGCUAGACCAGCAGCUCCUGUGUUCAGCAAGCUUAAAUUACUGUUUUUCUCAAUGGAGUCUGGUGGCUUUGAUAAAAACAUAAAUGGGCCUUUAGCGCCUACCCCAUUGACAUGGGCUGUAUGAUGGAAAGCUAAAGCAGGGACAAUACUCUCAAUAUGAUGUACAUUUAAACGAAUAUAGAUUUUUUUUAGGUGGCUAAGUUACGUUUUGUUGCUGCCCCUGUCCACAGCAGUACAUUUUUAGCCUCCAUGUUGGACUCCAGCCUGCUUCUCCAAACUGGGGGUGUGCUUGCUGACAUCUACUGUAUGUAAUACACUGACUAUGGAUAAAUACCUCAUAUAAACACACUUAAAAAAAUCUUUAUUAUCCCUUUAAUUCAUCAGAUGAUCCACUUAGUUUGUACGAAUCCGACAUCAUCCGAUUAAGUCGCAGUAAAGAACAAUGAAGAGCUAACGUUACUUUACUGAACGCCAGUUAGAAAAAAAUUUGUUUAUGUAUAAAAACUACACAGGCUCAACAAAACUAACUGCAGAAUUCAAAACUUGAAAAUUGAAAUUGAAAAUUACAGAAGAAGAGGCAACAACUUCAGACUUCGUUUGACAUUUUAAGUUGCACAAAGAACAGUAAGUCAAGGCUAAUAUUAACAUAGUUAGUGAGCUAAUGCUUAGCUAACGUUAGCUUAACGGUUGAGAAACUUUUAACAAUCUUGUUUUAACAAACAGCUCCUAAACACUAAGUUAGAUUUAAGACUAUUUAAGGCUUUUUAAUGCCACUGGAAAUGAAAGGACCAGUUUUACUCUAACUAAAAUUAAAGAAAGAAAAAAACACGAACCAACAUAAAUUACUUUGGGCUCAGGACAAUUUUGCUGAAAUGUUUAAUGUAACAUAAAACCUGACAUCUUUGGUAAAUGACCUAGCAUUUGUUGGUGGGUUUUCUUUGCAAUUUUGUGUUUCCACUGCCUUAAUUCCCAUUGUGACGCAAGUUUGAAAAACCUAUUGCAUAAAAUACGAAGAGCCUCUUAAGCCACUUUUUGCUGAAUUUGCAUUUUCUCAUGUCAAUCAUCUCCUCUGAGCAUUGCGGCCGGAAAAUGUGAGUGUUGUUGUUUUAAUUAUUCUGGUCCGCGGAUGUAAAUGCAAGAGGCAUUCUGUAAAUUAUUUUUAAAAAUAAACGAUACCAAUUAUUCUGAGAUUUUUUCAAUGCAACAUGUUGCUAAUUGCCUAGCAUUUUUAAGACUUUUGACAGAAUGAUAUAAGACAUUUAAAUUGUAAUUAAGGCUUUAUAUUGUAGAUUGAUACAUUUAAUGCCAUUCAGGACUUUAAUGAGCUGCAGGAGCCUUUAACAAAUAAACACAAAUUUUUAAAAGCACUUGUGAUUUUUGUAAGUGAACUAUUGGCAUUAACUUACAUUAGUUGACAAGUGCAUUGGGACUUGUUCAGG